AUGUUCGCCCCCCCUCCGUACGCAGGUAGACCUAAAGCCAGGCACACAUCAUUCAUGUUUGAGACACCAGAUGCGACACAAUAUGCCUCCAAAAUAACACAUGUGAAGAUGAGAUUGACAGAUGUGCUAAGGCAUCACUUAAGCUCCAACACACGCGAAUCCGUGUUGAGGUAUGCCACCAAUUGCUGCAAACACGCAAGUCGCCCGGCCCUCACAAGCCCAUUAAUGUACUCGGGAAUGGGCAGAUUCUCCCACGAAGUCCGUGGCCUUAAAGUUGGAUCCGCCACUUUGCCUCCUCGGACUCAUCCUCGCCUUGUCCGAGCUGCUGCCUUUCCUUUUGGUCCCCACAUUUUACUAAUUGACUGCGCUAGACUGUGGACGUUAGUUUUUCGUUUAUUAGCAGGUUUUCGAGAUGUACGUCAGUAUGGGUCUACAGGGCUGGAUGACUGUCUGCUGGUGCACACUCAUUUUAAAGCACUUUUGUCUACUCUUGUCUGA